AUGGUCGCUAUCGGAUACUUUUCUAUCGCCCUCCUCGGUCUCGCUGGCCUGGCCACUGCCUCCCCUUCCGAGGGUGACAUGGUCAACAUGGAGGGUCGUUACGUCAAGGCCACCUUCGGAGGCCCUGGCGCGGCUCCAAGGUGGAGGGUGCGAGAUGAGGCCGGUAGCUCUCUUGCCAAGCGCAGCUCCUGCGCCAGUGGCAACUGCAAGAUCCCAUCUACCUUUGGAGGGCACAAGAUGGCGGGUGCCAUCAAGAUGCGCUACGAGGACUCCCUGUACGAGCGUGAUGACCACUACGAUGUCUCUCUCACUAAGCGAAUCUCCUGCGCCAGCGGCAACUGCAAAUUUCCCUCGACUUUUGGAAAGCACAAGAUGGCGGGUGCCGUGGCCUGA